AUGGCGGGUGCGAGCGCGCUGGAUGGUGCGAGCGCGGUGCUGGCGGCGGAAGUGUGCGCGCCGCUGCUGCUCUUGUGCUGGCUGUGCUGCUGGCCUGACGACGCUUCGGAUACAAGCUCCGGCAAGCAUCCCCAGAAACCCAGUGUGAUAACACAUGAAGCAGGUUCGCACCGCCGUUCGACGGAGCUAUUUGGACGAAGAUUUGGAAGCAGUGCUGUCUCUCUGCACCUGCCCAGCACUUCUGGAAGCACAAAGCAAUCGCUAUCAGCGCACAAAAGUCACGAAGACAUUCGCAGUCGCCGCAAAUCGCAACUGGAAGCAGCAGAAAACGAUGCGCGUUACCACUCAGCCCCCAGCGUCAUUGACGAAGUUCUGCACAGAAGGGACUGGGAGCGAUCUACUAAAGAAUUAUACAUUCCUCUCAAACCAGACGGCGAUAGCGUCUCAUUCACAAGAACAAUAACUCCUGACACCGACGAACAUGAUGAGGUACCACUUAGUGACGAACAAAUUGUUUCAAGAUCUUGCAAGAAACACUACACCAAUAUUAAAUCGUCAAGAAAGAAGAACGCAGAAGCAUCAGAAGAUAUUAAAGAUUAUGACGCUACUGAAGCUGAAUCUUCAUUUUACAUUGGAGAUAAUACACCAACUAUUGUGACAGACGACGGUAAUGAUAGGCCACAAGUAUUUAAACCAAAGGAAACGAAGCAAUCACUAAAUGAAUCCAUUAGAAGUAAGGAAAGAAUGAAGCAAACAUUAGUACCAGUGGAGGAAUUCAAAGUGUCUCGGUUUGAAGAAGCUGUUAUCGAGGUCGACAGAUCGGGAGCGAUACACCACAGCGUAGAGUCACGCUCUAGUUUGUAUAAUUCAAAUGGUAUGCCUGUCCCACCGCCAUCUGUAGAAGCGAUAGGCUACGAGUCCGAAGCCUCGUACCCCGAGGAGGAGGGCUGGCAGGCGGGCGCGCCGGCGGUGGGCCCCGCCAGCGUGGCGCCCGCGGCGUGGGGCGACGGCUUCGUGCGCGCGCGCCACGCCAGCGCGGGGGACGUGCUAGCGCCUGUCAUCAGGCCGCAGUCUGGCGCGCUGUCUGAAAGUGACCUGGACUUCGAUUUAGAAGCGUGUGACGAGAUGCCGCCCGCCUACCACGAGGUGCGACUCACCAUGGACAGAAAGGAAACUGCUAUAUAAUUGAAACAUUUUUAGUAAAUAAGUUACUUUCCAUAAAACCUCACAGUUUAACACCAAAAUAAGGUAGUAGGUUGCCAAUUUCAUUGUAAAGUUAACAAAUAUUUUAUUAAUGUUUUAGUUUAAAUUAUUGUGAGAUAGAGCUAGAGAGAGCUUAAAAUAUUUGAAAGUUCAAUUUCAUCCAGCGAAACAUUUUAACUAAAUACUUGCUGUAUAUUUUAAUUAGGUACAUAGACAUUAUGAAAUCCAAAAGUCCAAGAACGAAAUGAAAUGAUUUACUUUGCAAGAAAUGUGGAAGAUUUAAAGAUGUUACAUAUUUCAUUGUUCAGCACAAAUCGCCAACGAAAUAUCCAUCACAAAUUUUUAUGUUUUGAAAUGAAAACAAUGCAGUGCAGAGCGUGUACGACUUCCAUGUUAUUAAAGUUUGCAUCACAGUUUGUAUGUUUUCGUUGAUGUUAAAUAUUAAUGUUGGCAACCAAAAUGUUAUAAGAGACUUAUUAUACGUGCAUUUAUUAAUUUUACAUAAACUAAUCAAGUUAAGAAAUUAUAAUAAUUUAGCGCUCAAUAGAUUAUAUUCUAGUCGA